AAAUCCGCCGGCUCGCCUCGUCCUCGCGCUUCCUCCGCCCUCCUCCUCCUCCGCCGCCGCCUGUCGGGUCCCCUCCCAGGCUCCCACGCCGCCGCCUCGAUCCGCGCCGCCACGGCCAGAGUAGGUUCCUCCGAGGUGCGGUACUGCGAAGAGGACUCAGCUGGAGGCUGGAGCGUCUGAGAUUCCAAACAGCCAGGAUCAUCGCGACGACGCCGGCCACGGAAGAUGGCUAAGGCGGAGGCGUGGGACGGCCCAGCGACGGCGGAGCUGAAGGCGGCGGGCGCGGAAGCUAUCCCCGGCGGGGUGCGGGUGAAGGGGUGGGUCAUCCAGUCCCACAACGGCCCCAUCCUCAACUCCGCCUCGCUUCAACGCUUUGAAGAUAAACUUCAAACAACACAUUUGCCUGAGAUGGUCUUUGGGGAGAGUUUCUUAUCUCUUCAGCAUGCUCAAACUGGCAUUAGAUUGUAUUUCAAUGCGCUUGAUGCUCUGAAGGCAUGGAAACAAGAGGCACUACCACCUGUUGAAGUUCCUGCGGCAGCAAAGUGGAAGUUCAGGAGUAAACCUUCUGAUCAAGUAAUACUUGAUUAUGAUUAUACAUUCACGACACUGUACUGUGGGAGUGAUGCUGUGGUUCAGAACCCAGAUACUAUGCAUACAAGUUUAGAUGAAUCCAGCAAUUUGUGUUGGGAGGAUACUGAGGAUCGGAUUGACCUUGUUGCCCUUUCAGCAAAAGAACCAAUUCUUUUCUAUGAUGAGGUUAUCCUGUAUGAAGAUGAGUUAGCUGAUAAUGGCAUUUCAUUCCUCACAGUGCGAGUGAGGGUGAUGCCAACUGGUUGGUUUCUGCUCUUGCGUUUUUGGCUUAGGGUUGAUGGUGUACUUAUGAGAUUGAGGGACACAAGAGUGUAUUGCUCUUUUAGUAGGGGCAAAGCAAAUCCCGUUGUACUCCGUGAAUGCUGCUGGAGGGAAACAACAUUUGCUAGUCUGUCUGCGAAAGGAUAUCCUUCCGACUGCGCAGCAUAUGGAGACCCGAAUCUUAUUGCUCAUAAGCUUCCGGUUGUGAUGCAGAAGACCGAAAAGCUGAAAUUACCCAAUUAACCUGCCAACACACCCUGUGUGUACAUCAGUGACUUUUUUCACUGACUAUUCGAUGUUCUCUUUCUGCUUAUCCUGUGCUGGUCUGUAGAUGCACGUUUCUAUAGCUGUCAAGUUUCAACAGUAUAAAAAAUGUUGUAGUAAAGGCCAUUAGUCCAACUCCUGGUUGAUUUUUUUAUUUUUUAAAUCUUUUUAAUAAAUAAUGUUAUUACUAAACCUCGGGAGAAAAUAUUUUCAUCAUAUGAACCCUUUGACCAC